UCUCUCUCUCUCUCCUUUCUCCGACAAUGGCCUAUCACAGCUCAUCUUCAUGCUCGGAGGGAACAAUCCAUUUCUCUCUCUCUCUCCUUCCCUAACCCUAACUGUUUCUCUCUCUAGAAUUAUAUGCAUCAAUCUCGAAGCGUUUUUGUUUUUCUUCUUUCAGAUUUCGCAUUUCCCCUAUAGGUAGGGAUAUCGUCGGCGGAGAGAAUAUAUCUGUGAAGGUUUUCGCAGGCGUUUUUUGAUCGGCAUUCGAAUUUGGAGGAUUUGGGAGUCGGAUCGGGAAUCCAAUUCGAAUGAUGAUUUCGGAUCCGAGUUUGGUCCACUACGCCUGCGUUGCCAAGGACAAUAUCGUGCUCGCGGAGUUCAAUUCCGAGGAUGCCGAUCUCGGAGCUCUGGCGAUGAGGUGCCUUGAGAAGACGCCGGAGUUCCAUUCCAUGUUCACGCACUCCGUCCGGCAGCGGACCUACACGUUCCUGAUCGAGAGUCCGUUUGUGUACUUCGCGAUUUUCGACGAGAGGCUGGAGAAAUCGGAGGGGCUGGUGUUCCUCAGGGGGGUGAAGGAGGGGUUUGACUGCUUCGUGGAGGGGAAUUCGACGAAGAAACGGUUGGAACACGUGACGUCGCAUUGUUUUCAGGGGGAAUUCAAUCCGAUUUUCCACCAGUUGCUUGAUUCGAUGUCGGAUACGGAGGAGGCUCCCCAUUCGCCGAGGAAGCAAAGGCACCACGCGAGGAGAGGCAGCGGUAGCGGCAGCGGCAGCGGGAGCACCGAUUCUCUCUGCGGGAGAAAAAUCGGGUCCGCGCCGCUGUUCGGCGAGGCGAAUAACUUGAAGAAGAAAAAGAAGCGGUUGUUAGGGGAGUUCAGGAAGGGGGGAAUGGAUGGGGGGAAUGAGAGGAAGCUGAAUAUGGGAGACGACGGGACGGAAUUAAGCAGGGAAUUCUCAGUGUCAAUGCACAAAAACGCUGCGUUUUCCGGCGAAUUGGGACACCAGAGGGCGAAGAAAGUGUGGAAGAAACAAGUGUGGGUGGUCCUCUCCCUUGACCUAAUCGUCUGCACCAUUCUAUUCGUUAUCUGGCUCUGGGUUUGCAGGGGCUUCAAAUGCAUCGAUGGAUGAUGAUGAAUUGAUGAUCAUGAACAAUAACCAAGAUUAGAAUAACCCUUUUUUUCAUCUGCAUUGGUUGAACAUGUUUUUUCAAUGCAAAGUUGUGCUGCUGUUCUUGACUGGAUUCAUGGGUUCACCUUCAAUUCCUCCCCGGGUAAUCUUUACUUGAGCCAAUUUUAUGUGUUCCUCGUACAACCUUUUUCUUAUAUUGUGCUAUAAGCUGUAUGCACAUAUAAAUGGAUUUACAAUUUACAUACAUAUAUAUAUACCACUUUUCAAGGAUUGUUCCCUUUCUUUCAGCAUUCAUUCAAUUGCACUUACAUGUACUGAAACAGAUCUCUCCUGUUCCGUGUUUCUAUUCAUGCCCUGCAAUGGUAUGCUUCAUCUAAAGACUCAAAUUGAAGAAUAUAUAUAUAUAUGUUCUGUUC